GUGAUGCGUACAAAGUUGUGAUCCGAGAGUAAUCUGACUACCAAUAAAUGAUCGGGGGUCAUUGGCCGCCCUAAUCACUGACGAUUCUUUAUAGAUAUCCGUUUAUCGAUUGACUUCUUCGAAUUAUUGCUAUGACAUGUGUAUUCGGGGCUUAUUGUUGUAGGAAUUGUUGACGAUGAGAUUGAAUGGAAAUGAAGAAAAGUAUUCUUGAUUUUUAUCGAACAGUCGGGGAAUAAUUUGCGUCAUUCGAUCUGGAUUUAUUUUCGAUUAGCAUUGGAGUAAAAUUUUCCGAGGAGAUUCGUUUAAUACAUUUUUGUAAAUAGUUUUGAUGGAUAUUUUGAUGGAUAUUUAGAGGGAUCAAUCAAGGGAAAACUGUAAGCGGAACUUUAAAGGGGAAUCGCAUGAUAUUUUGGGGUUUCUUUUAAUAGGAGAGUGUUUGGAAUAUGGAAUUGAGUGGAGUGUAUUGAUAAUGGUGAAUUCCGAGAUAUUGACCUAGUUGACCUGCCCGAGGUGAAGGUGGGUCGUUGUCGUGCCGCCUGGGAGCGACUUUCGCGCGGAGGCAUACACGUCAAUACUCGGCAGCAGAACAAUUUCUGUGAAGUAAAUAUUGAAGUCGCUCAUGUUGCUGUUGGAAUUGUCGACGAAGAGAUGGGUGGAAAAUGAAGAAUGGCAUAUUGCGAUACAAAGUGGAGUGUAUCGAUAAUAGUGCAUUCGGGGAUACAGACCUAGUUGACCUGCUCGAGGUGGAUGUGGGUCGUUGUCGUGCCGCCUGGGAGCGACAUUUGCGCGGGAACAUGUGCGGCAAUACUCGAAACAACAAUUUCUGUGAAUUAAAUAUUGAAGUCCCUUUUUCCGGCAAUCAGGGCAACAAGAAGUGGUGAAUCGACCGAGUCUAAGUGCUAUAGCAUAUGCGGUUGUCCUUCGUUAUUAGUGUCAAUGAGAAGUGAAAAAAGGGGAACCCGCCGUAUACGCAAUAUCGGCGGUGAUUGCACCGGGCAUCGGUUCGAUUACACAGCUUUUCAUUUCAUGACCAUGCCGCGUGAGUAAGCCGAGAGAAAGGAGACUUCAUUCGGAGAUUGUCUUUGUCAACUGACUGAGUGUAUUGCGUGCAGCGUGGGCGCAACAGUGGACGAAGAAGAUACACAGUUGACUCUGAGCAUACGUCUGUUUCGAUCUAUCGACUGGCUUAUCAGGAGACCGGAAUGGCAGUGGCGGAAUCGGAAGAGAUGGGUUCACCCACGAAAUCCAAAGAAAGUCAAGAUGAGGGCAUUAGCACACGUGGCAUUACAGAGAUGAACAAAAUAGGAAAAUACCAAAUAAUAGUGUACAUUGCCGUGAGUUUACCCCUCGCCUUAUCAGCCGGUUUCACCCUUUGUUAUGCAUUCACGUCUGGCGAAGUAGACUACAGGUGUCUCAUUCCCGAGUGCGAAAAUUCAUCAACCGCAAAUUGGCACAGUAGCUGGGCUGCCCAUUCUAGGCCGAAGAGCGAUGGUUUGUUCGGUAGUUGUGACAGAUACCAGGUGAAGGAUAAUGUGGAUGGAGAGUGUUCGAAGGAUUCCUUCAGUAAUAGAGUUGAAAAGUGCGAUAGUUGGGUGUACGAUCCAAAGGAGGAGACUAUUCUGAGCGAGUGGAAUUUUACAUGCGAUGAGAAUCGGUGGAAACUAGCUAUGGUUGGGACGGUAAACAACAUCGGACAACUCGUAGGAUUGAUGUUUGCUGGAUACUUGUCCGACAGAUAUGGAAGAAGGACCUGUCUAGUGGUAGAAACCUUCGUGAGUGGAGCCUGUGGGCUCAUCCAAUCGUUCUCCAUCAACUACAUGAUGUUCAUGAGCAUGGAGUUCCUCAUGGCAGUCUCUGCAGCGGGUAUCUACAGCUCCGGUUUCAUCCUGGGUAUGGAAAUGGUAGGUGGGAAAAAGCGAGUUCUGGGGGCCACCUUUAUCGGAGGAAUGUAUGCUGUUGGGGAAAUGUAUCUAGGGGCUGUGGCGAUGAGCUUAAAAUCUUGGCGACCUCUUCUGAGAGCCAUCUUUGCGCCUGGAUUGCUCGCCAUUUUUCUACCACUGAUCAUUCCCGAAUCCAUUGCGUGGCUAGCCGCGAAAGGGAAGCAUAAGGAAGUUGAAAAGAUAUGCAAAAGGAUGGCCGAUAUGAAUGGCUUAGAGAACACUCACAUGCCAAUGAGUAUCUACGAAGAACUGAACGUUACUAAUACUGAAAAGAAAUCAGAAAGCAAAUCAAGCAGCAGUGUGCCAGUGCGAGAGGCCCUAUCGAGGCCGAAACUACUCGUAAGGCUGCUCGCGUGUUGCCUCUGCUGGCUGACCAAUACCUUUGUGUACUACGGAAUGUCCCUGAAUGCCGUGGCAUUUGCCGGGGACAAAUACGUGAACUUUAUAUUGGUGUCAUUAGUGGAAAUACCGGCUUACUUCCUCAGUUGGAUACUGAUUGAUUACGUUGGAAGGAAACCCACCCUAUCCGGUUCAUUCCUGUUCAGUGGAAUAUUCUGCCUGGCAAUACAAUUUGUGCCGAAAGAUUCAUGGUCGUAUGCACCUUUAAUCCUCUAUAUGGGUGGCAAAGGAUGCAUUACGAUGGCAUUCGCUACUGUUUAUAUUUAUACGACUGAAAUGUUCCCCACGACUGCCAGACACUUCUUGCUCAGUAUUUGCAGUAUGACUGGACGCAUUGGCUCCAUUCUUGCUCCGCAAACUCGUCUUUUGGCGACAAUUAUAGCAUCUCUUCCCCUAAUCCUCUUCGGAUCCAUGGGAAUACUCGCUGGAAUAGUUUCACUCGUUUUCCCAGAGACUCUGGACAUAAAACUACCGGACACUGUGGCAGAGGCCGAGAAUAUCGGGAAACCAAAGAAAAGUGAAGACAUCUAUAAUUGCACGUAAUACUGCGUUUAAUUUUAGGAGACAAUUUGAAAGUAUUCAUAAUUAUGAUUGCAUAAUUGAAAAGUGUUCAAUGCUUGACGGUCCAUUCAUCCGAGAAUUGCGGUGAUAGGUCGAAGAGAUAUUCAUAAGGAUUGAGCAGUAUUUUUAUUUGCAGCACUGAGCGCUGGAAAUCAAACUUACUUGAUUAUUUUACAAUUUAUGGAGAGAAAGAAAUUUGUGAACAAUUUUAUAGUUUUUUCUGAAUAUUAAACUAUCCGAUUUUCAA